AUGAUAGCUUCAAGAAUAGUCAUUGCGGCAACACGAGUUACAAGUCGCUUGAAUCGUUUGCAAUUACAAAGAUCUUUUGCCACACAGCGUCUUUUGCAACCUACUUGGCAACAGCGUCCUGCACUUAGUGUACGCCCAUUGAUUCCGGCGUUGACGCAGCAAGUACGCAGCAUGUUUAUUCAGACCGAGCAAACCCCAAAUACCGAGUCCCUCAAGUUCAUCCCUGGCGUAGAGGUCCUUGGCAAUGGUACAGCCGAAUUUUUGGAUGUGCGUAGCUCAAUGCAGUCGCCCUUGGCCAAACAACUCUUUCAAAUCGAUGGCAUCGUAGGAGUAUUUCUUGGACCAGACUUUAUUACAAUUUCCAAGGACCCAAACGCUGAAUGGCAAUUGAUGAAGCCUGACAUCUAUGCAGCAAUCAUGGAUCAUUUUGCGUCAGGCCAGCCAAUUAUGUACAAUGAGGGAGAUCUUGCUGAGAGUGAUACAGCAAUUCAUCCAGAUGAUUCAGAAGAGGUGCAGAUGAUCAAAGAACUUUUGGAUACGCGUAUUCGACCGGCUAUUCAAGAAGAUGGUGGCGAUAUUGAGUAUUGCGGAUUUGAAGGUGGCAUUGUGAAGCUUAAGCUCAAGGGCAGUUGCCGUGGCUGCGACAGCUCAGUCGUUACACUCAAGAACGGAAUCGAGAAUAUGCUUAUGCACUAUAUCCCAGAAGUAGAAGGUGUGGAGCAAGUUAUUGACGAGAAUGAGGCCGUUGCACUACAGGAAUUCGACAAACUCGAAAAGAAGCUUGGCGAGAAAUAA